AUUAUAUUCACUGGAUAUAGAAGUCUUGCUCUUGAGUUCCCCGGUCGGCAGGUACACGUAAUCCAUUCGCAUUUGUACUAUACCCGGCACGAAAGACUUAAAACCCUCUCGACGAUUAUACUCUGAUAACAACACUCACACUCCUCAUCAUGCCCCCUGCGCAUCCCGAAGAUGUUGGGUCCCCUCUCUCGAGAUUCCGGGCCGUUAAAACCAAAAGCGGUCCGACAGUGUAUAUUCGGGAGCGUAAAAAAACGAGUACGCAAAAGCAGCAUUUGCACACGAUUUGGGUAUUCGGCUGGGCAUUUUCGACGCCGGACGUGGUCGCGAAGUACUCCGAGCUGUUUCCGGAGUCCGUAAACGUGAUACAGACGUUAUCAAAAGGAAAAAUCUUCCCUCCCCAUGUCGAAAAGAUACAUCUUAGAAAAUUUGCAAUGCUGAUUUGUGACCACAAAUCGUCUCUGUCUUGCAAGGACGCAACCCCACAGGCUCCGCCGCAUUUUACAGGCGGUUUGUGAUUCUGUUGGCCCUAAAGACAAGUCGCCUGUCAUGCUGAGCGCCUAGCCCAAAACCUCCCUACGCAGGCAUAGUAUAGGCCUGCAGUCCUCUCCAGCAAGACAAAUCUGAUUUGUGUACGCAAAUCCAAAAUCAGAAGCUUCGUUUUGAUAUGGGUAGGGGGGGUUUUUCCUUUCAAUUGACGUCAUGCGGGGGGAAGGAGCUACUGGUGCCAUGGUUUCGGCGGCGGUUCGCGACGGAGCUGAUUCAAGUGGUGCGGCGAGAGCUUUCAACAUCACCACCCACGACCUCUCCCGACCACGACGACGGGGCCAAUGUAAUAGAAGAUGCACGGGACCCGACGCGGGGCGCGUUCUUUUGCUUCUCCAACAACGGGACGUUCCUGAUGCUCACCCUGGUGCACGAACUGAAGGUGGUAACCGCUCCCAGGGCCGUGUGGAUGGACUGUGCCCCGGGAGAGCUCCGGUGGAGCGUGUUCGCGCGGGUGAUGUCCUUCGGGUUGCCACAGUGGCUGCAGAGUGUGAUGGCGGAGACCACGGAUAGCAAGGAAAAAAUCACCAUCAAAAGCGCCACGCCCUUAGCAUCGAACGAGACCAAGUGCAAGAACUUGUCGGCGACCAACAAAGUCUUCCUGCGGGGCGUCGCGCGGCUGUGCAACGCGCAGAGCAACAUGCAGUUUGUGUUCUCCGAGGCGGACACGUUGUGUGAGCCGUGGUUCAUCCGCGCCUGCAUGCGGGAACGGGUUAAGUACGUCGCUUCUCGGUUGUAUGACGUGGAAACCGGGCGCGUACCCAGUACGGUGAAUCCGGUGACCGCGGUCGUUUUUUCCUCGGCACCGCACUGCUGUAUUUUGCCGAGCUCGCCAGCGGAAUACAAGAAGCUCGUGCAUUCUUUCGUAGAACAGUUGAUGCAUACCCCACCACCGCCAAGCGGCAAACAUAGGGAUGUCGAUCCACCUGUGCUAACUUCGAAACUGUGAAAAUGUCUCAUUUUGGGCUACAAGAGCACUACACGAUGUAUGUUAUAACUCCGUAGUUGAGUAAACCUACCUACCUACCUGGAAGCACACGUAGGACUACAGUUCGCAUUGCCCACACGACAAGCUGUUUGUGGCGCUGCAUCGCUUCAGCCUCCAAAGGCCGUCUUGCAAACAAACUACAAGUAGAGGUUAAUAGCACAACAUCAUUCAUCAAUUCACAUUCUCUGUCCCACUUUGUCGGAACACAAUCUAUCAAGCGAAAAGCACAAAUGAACUACGAC